AUGAAUUGUUUAGAUAAAAAAAAAACAGUCCACUCCAAACCCCGCGCAUCAGGGGCAGCUAUCCACAUCAAAAAAAAAGAACAAGCUAUCCCUGCUCUUCACCUGCAUGUCAAUGGGGUUUCCAUAGCACACGUAAGCGAACCAAAGAUGAAAAAGGGGGCCGCUUCAAAACCCAAACCCGCUGAAAAAGAGGCCAAUGAAUCUCUGCGAGAUGUCAAGGCAUCGCCGCGCGCCUUUGGCUCUUUUCAACCCGGCGCUGUGCAUGAAUACGAGGCGCCUUUCACUAGAGAAGAAAACGGUGAGAAUAAAGAUAGUAAAAAUUCAACAUUCAUGGAUUUCACGGUGCUAGAAAAGCAUCCGAAGGGGCAAUUUGUUCGCCCUCCCUCAGCUCCUCACGCUAAAAACAAGAAACCCUCAAAAAUCACAACUCAUCAAGGGUAUGAUGAAAACAAAUCAUUAUCGACGUCUUCGCGUGCUAAACUUGAGCUUUCGGUGGGGUCCAAUCCUCCCACCAUGCAUGGACAGUUCUUUUUGGAUGCCAAAGCCAUCAUGAUCCCAAGAAAUUCUGAAUCGCACCCUGAAAGAAACCAAAGAACUUCCAAAGCUGGGGUAAAUAGUUGUAGAAAUAACCGCGUGUACUCGGUUUGUCGUCCGCGAUAUGAUUACGAAUACUGCACCCCGCAUCCAUACCUUUCCCGAAACUCCGCACGCCGCGCGAGGUCAUCACGCGCGUCCAGUGCCUCUUUUAACCCCAACGCUUUCGGGAAGCGAAGCCCGCUUUCGGACCCCAAAAGUGAAGAGGAAAGGGACGAAAAAAGGGAAAAAGUAUCUUCCUGUUUGCUUUCCUCCCCGUCCGAAUCGACGACGAGUGUGAAGAUGCUCGGGCCGUUGAAUCCUAAACUGCAGAAUGAGUUGAUUCGCCGCCCUGGGGAGGUCUUUUCCGCCGUGAAGUACGCCCAAAUGGCGACCGACGUGCAGAACCGCCGUCCGAUUCGCGAGUUUUCCCCCGACGAACGCGAUGCAAAACCGAAUUCAGACGCGCCAAAAUGCGAGGUGGGAGGGGGUUCUACGGUAGCCCCUGGAGCGACUUUAUUAUCCGCAAACGGCAAAAAAUCCCCACCCAAUAAAAGAGAAAAUACCGUUGCGAAUGAGCCACGUCCGAUUCGCGAGUUCGGCGGGGAUGGGGUCUCCUCCCGUCUACCCCCUUCCAGGACCAAACGAGGGAAGGAAAGACACGGGGAAACCCUCGCGGGGGAGGGGGAUUAUCGCGUAGGUCUUCAGGACUCGCCGGGUGGGGACGCGCCAUCGUCAACCCCGCGGGAUUGGGCAUCAUUCCACGACGAUGACGAUUCGCGCACGGCGCGGUCCGUUAUUCUGCACGACUCGCGCGCCCUGCUUGCGUGUGAGCCGCUCGCCCACGACGCCCCGGGCUCGCCGGGCGAGGGGGUCGGCGAAGCGGACCCAAACAACCCCGAACGGGCGGCGACGUUGAUUUUAAAACCCGCCUCGCCGCGGCGCGAGGCGGGGGUGACGCUUUCCCACGCGGCGAGGACGCUGCUCGCGAUAUUGCUUUACCUUCGCGCCCUUGGCGGGCUGCCGAGGUUGCUCCGCAUCACCCCCCUGCCCUGCGAAGGCGACGUGGUGGGGAAGGAGGACUGCCUGGAGCUGGUCUUUCUCAAUCCCCCGCGAUCCCUCCCGGGGGAGCGGGAGGACAGGAGACGAAAAAGGGCGAAAAGCGGCUUGCCGCGCUAUUCCUCCGCGGGGGAGGUCUACACCCGCGAUGAGGGCGUCCCUAUGGGGGAGCACUCCCUCCUCGGCCAGCUCUCCCGCACGUUAUCGAAUAUCGGCAAGGCAAGCCUGGAGCAAUCGCCCAAGGCCAACCCCGAACGGGAACUCGCCAGCAAACGAAAGGAAACGAGUUUGUCCUCCUUGACGGGCAAUGCGGCCUUUCCCACGGCCAUUUCCCAGAUGCUUCCGCCCAAGACCACGCGCACGUCGUAUUCCCCCACGUUUUUCGAUUUCGAAGAGGGCGCCGAUCCCUUUUAUGACGGAAAAAUCAAACGCAAAGGGCUCUGCGAGGACCCCCUGAUGGUAAAUGGAAAGGCGCACGCCGCAAAGGCGACGUACCGCCGGGGGCAUCGCCUUUCCCCGCGUUCGAGGGGCCCCGCGGGCGAUCGGGCGGAGGAAACCGCCAAACGAUGGGCUGGAUCGCGCGACUCGCCUGUUUUUUCCUCCUUUGCGAGGUCCGCGGAAGGGGCGAACGACGUCGUCUUCGACGCCGCGGGGGAGGUCUCCGUCGUGGUGCGCGCCGUCCUCGCGGACCGACGCCGGGUUCGCGGGUUUGGCCGCGAGGAGGUCGUCCACGUCCUUCCCCCACUUCUCCCCGACGGCCCCCCCGCCAUCCCCUCGACGGCAGGGGGGGAGAACUCCCCCGCGGGGCUGAUGUGGCGAUUGGGCCUCCCCGACGCGGCGAAUUCCUUCCGCGAAAGGCGGCGCCGGGCCCGCCGAGGCCGACCCCCCAGGCCGACGGCCCCUUCGAUGAUCAUCAUCCCCGGCGAAGGCAAACUUCACCCGCCGUCGUCGGCCGACUUUGGCGAUUUCGCGGUUGUUUUGUUAAAAGGCCGCGAGGUCGACGGCGAGGAAUUGCCGAGCGCGGAGGGGUUGGGGAGUUGGCGGUACCGCAUGUUUGACCUGCGCGACUACGCCGGGGAUUUCUCGCGCGCGGGGCGUUGGGAGGGCGCGCGAUGGGUGGGGGCCGCCGGGGCGAACGACCGCAACCCCCCCCACACGGCGAGGGGGAAUCCGCCGCCUUCGUCUAAAAAAGACCGAAUUGCGAUGAAAGGGGCCGGCCCGCGCGAAAUCUUUGAUUACCCGGCGGACGAGGAUCUUCCCUGCUAUCGCGCCGCGACGGUGUCGGAGACGACGCUACGGCACUCUUACCACGACGUCCAGGCUCUUUAUGGCGGCCAUAAAGACCUUCCCAAUAGUAAAAAUCGGCGCCCUACACCCCCCAAUGCGGCUUUGUAUUCUUCGAUGUCGUCGUUCUCGUUGGGUUCGCCUCGCCAGGGCGCGUCCUCCGCGCGCGGGGUCGCGGAGGACGCGGUGCGGCGUAAAAUCCUGCAUCUCCGCAAGGCUGAGCGCGAUUUUCUCCCCUUUCGCCCUUUUCACCUCAACGGAUUUCACAAUGAGCUUGAUUUGGCCCUCCAACACAUGAUCGACGCGCAGGUUUGA